CGUGUCGUAUUAACUUCCGCUUCAACAGGUCAAGUCUACAAAUACCUAUCACUAAUCUUUUGUAAUGUAAUAAUGCCAAUCUGGCCAGCAUUUUCAUGACCGACCCGUCUUUCCCAAGCCCUAUUCCAAUCCUGCCGUUCAAGCCUUUUCAAUACUUCCCCGCUCUGUCGACAAAUCACCACAUAUCGACCCACUACACUGCAUUUGUUUGAUCGACAUUGCGUUUCUACUCAGAUUAUCUUCUCUUCUAGGACGGUUCAGCUUCAAACUCGACGCCACCAAACGAUACUGUCUUGUUGGCACAACAGCCCAGAAGUGCAUGUUCGGAGUUAGUUUUCUACCAGAGAACCGUCAUGGAAAACAGAAGUAUGACUCAAGCAAGAGCCUUCUCCGUAGUUGCAUUCCGCACUUUGCGGCUAACCGAUGAACCAACCUGGGAAAAGACCUAGCUUCCCUAAAACUGGUCAGUUUCUUCGGCCGCCUUUUACGCACGCUCGAAUCAUGAGAAAUUCCGUUAUACUCAGGACCGGCUUUUGACUGGACAAAUCGUACAUGUUGACCGUCGUACCGCCGUCCGUCUAAGACCUCAGAAGUAGCCAUACCUCGAUGCUGUUACACGGCAAGUCGCGAUGAGAGAUCAGCCAGCCACGUCCCCAAGACGCACAGGCCCAGGCGCGGGGUAUCUGCAAGAUUUGAGUCAAUGGAGAGUGAGCCUUGAGGGAGGGGAUCUAUUCGGUUGAACUGGAAUAGAUCAUGAAAUUCAGAACCUGGGGAGAUCGAAGCACAGGCCAUCUCCCUGGUUUAUAAGUACGUCGUUGUCGGCUCGGAAAACAUGAAGUUGAGAAUCAUCAGACAACUCGAGGUCACAGCCAUUCGAACUCAGCACAUUUCCAAGCCUUGAAACACGAAUUUCAACCAGCAAGAUGUCCUACACCAUCACAGUCCAGGUCUACCAGACCAAAACCAACGCUUUCUUCCAUCUCGCCGAAAGCACCGUCUUCCGCAACGGCACCUGGGACGAGGUCAAAGGCGCCCAAGUCCUCACCAUCGGCGCCAGCGGCACCUCCGGCUCGCUCCGCUUCGUGGCCGACACGGGCGAGAACUUCAUCGUCACCCUCGGCGUGCACAACUACAAGCCGUGGGGCGACAUCGUCACCAAGCUGGACCCUGCCAGCCAGACUGGUGUUGUCAUCACGCCGGAGUACUACGAGACUGAGUGGGGCGGCACUCAGAAGAAGGAGCGUGUUGAUGCGAGGUGGAAGACGCUGUCUUCGUAUGAGGUCACGAGGGAUGGGAGGAAAUAUUCGUUUAAUUUUACGGUGACGAGCGGGAAUAACCUCAAGGUUAAUGUUGUUAUUGGUUAGAGUGGACAUGUGGUGGAUGGUUCUGGGUGCCAACUUGGCAGGGGGUGAAAGUCAAGGCCAGGUUGAGGGUGAUAGUGAGGUCUUGAGGUGUAGCUUUGUUAUUGAAUGACGAAUGGCUUGUGCUUUCAU